CUUAACUUAAUUUUCCUAAACCUGCUGCGAAAAGUCCAAUCUUACGUUCAUUUGACAAAAGCAGGAUCCUUCACCAGGGUUUCCACUAGUUACCACACCCACAAAGUCAAGUUACCACUGCCACAUAGUUGGCUAUAAUCGCAAAAAUUAAUGAAAACAAAAAUAUGCCUUAAUUUAAUCAUUUUAGGCGUAAGAUUUCCAGUAUGAGUAAGGUUUCAAAUCCCAUUUUAAGAAGAUAAAAGAGCUGUUUCUGACUUUGUGGCUGUGGUAACCAGUGUCUCCGCUCCGCAUGAUAAACCAAACACCAACAGAGACUCGGCAGCGACGGACGGACGGUUUCCCGAAGCACAAAUGGCUGCCACCGGAGUCCUUCCUUUUAUCCGGGGGGUAGACCUAUCUGGAAACGACUUCAAAGGAGGUUACUUCCCUGAACAUGUGAAGUCUAUGAGCAGUCUGAGAUGGCUGAAACUCAACAGGACCGGCCUGUGUUAUCUGCCAGAGGAGGUGGCUGCACUGCAGAAACUGGAACAUCUGUCUGUGAGUCACAACAGCCUGACUACUCUACAUGGAGAACUGUCCAGCCUGCCGAACCUCAGGGCGGUGGUUGCCCGGGCCAACAACCUGAAGAACUCUGGAGUUCCUGAUGACAUCUUUCAGCUGGACGACCUCUCAGUCCUGGACCUGAGCUUCAACCAGCUGACUGAGAUCCCCCGAGACCUGGGAGAACUCCAGAACAUUGCUGGGCUCAACCUCAGCCACAACAG